AAAAGGAAAGAAAGAAAAGAAAAAGAAAAGAAACAACAAAACAGUUAGGCUGGGAGAAGCUCGGGGAUGGAAUGGUCACCCUGUAUGCACAAGACCCUAGAUUGCAUCCCCAGCACCGCCAGUAAACAAAACAUGCAACUUGGCCACCAAGCACCCAGAACUGUGAGCAGUAAGACAUCUGCCAGCAUGGAACGUCGGGGCCUCUGGAGUCAGGGCCGUCAAGCAGAGCACAUCCCCAGACUGGCUUUCCAGCCUGAUCUUGGGCAGGGUAAGGACGCCUCUAGACUCGUGUGGUGUCAUGUUAGCUGUUCCCACUCUUCAACAGACAUGAGCAUGAUUUAACCUGGGCUCAGAAGCAGGUCGUUGACAUGGACCUGAGGGCAUAAUCAAAGGGGUGGGGUCUUGAUGGUCUUACCCGUCCACCUUUAGUCAGCCGGAUCCUGUCAGGGACGCGCAGCAGAGGGGCUUGAACUUGGGUGGUCAUUGUUGUCACACUUGACCUCUCCCAGGGCAGUUUCCCCUGGAGCCAGCCUUCUGAGACUGAGCAGGCACCACGAACAUUCCUCCACACAGAGGGAACACGUACUUGCAGGGGCUCCGGAGACAGUGAGAACAGGACUGAGACAGGAAUGGACCACUAGCCUUGCUUCUGCCCCAGCCCAUUGUGACCUCCCUGGCUGUACCCAGGCCUUUGUGACUGUCACCCUGGGUAGAUUUGUGAGCCAGGGUGACAUCUAAAGUGCCCUCAAAGAGAGUGGCAGGUCAGCCAGGCCAGAGCCUGGACCUGGGGUCAGAAAGGGGUCACAGGGAGGAAUGGAGGGGCCAAACCCCCUGGGGCCCUGCGGACACUCUCAUCCCCAGUGUCCCCCAGCCCCUGUUUCAAGCAGUCACGGAGGAUGCCUGGAUCAGCCAUGUCAGGGAUAUGUAAGGUGGCCCUGUCUGGUCCCCCAUCAGUCCACUCAGUCAUUAGAGUCUUCCAGACCUUUCCCUGCUCCAGGGACUGGGGGUGGGGGACCCAGAGUGGGAGGAGAGGCACCGGGGAUGUUUCUGUCAAGUGAAGAAGCAGAGAUGCCGAGGCAGAGAGCUCGAGAGCCAGCAGGGUCCAGACAAGAAGCGGAGGCCGAGGCAGAGUGGGGCUGGCCCCUGCAUCCAGGGCAUGAACAGGUGCCACCUAGGCCGGCAGCAUCCCCCACCUCAGGACCCAGGCCCUGCCCAUGCCCAACCAUGCCUCCCGGAGGAGGGGCCGCAGCCUCACCCAGGACAGCUCCCACGAAGCUCCAGAGCAGGGGGACACUGGGAUCUGCAGAGCAAUCCUUUCUACAGCUGGAGCAGGAGAACUACAGCCUGAGUGAGCUGCAGCAGAUCCGACUGUCCUUUGAGAGGAAGAAGAUGGCCAUUACUGAGGUGUGGGACGGUGUGGCUGAGGUACACAUGGCUCUGAACAACCAGGCCACCGGGCUCCUGGGAGAGGGCCCACUGCCGCACUCAGGCUCGGAAGCAGCAGCAGAUGUCAUGCAUGGAGAAAGACAGGCCACAGCUGGGAUUACCCGAGGGCCUGAAGAGCCAGCUCUGGCUGCUGGCCUUGAGGCUGCUGCUGGGCGCUCUGCUGGCCUGCACAGCGGCCUACGUGUACGUGGUGGACCCUGCACCCUUCGAGGGGCUGGUGCCACCCCUGCUGAGCCGAGCCGCCGUCUGGAAGCUCAGGGCCCUACUGGGUCCCUUCUUGCGCCUCGAGGUGGACGACUUCCUGCCUUUCUAGGCCAGAGGCACAGAGGCCCCAGAAGGAGGAGGCCAGGUGGCUGGCGCUGCCCCCGGGGCCCGGUGGCUUUAACUGGUUCCUGCCUGCCUACAGCCCUGCUGCACAGUCCCUGCCAGGAGCGGCAGAGAGGGGUGGAGGAGGGGCUUGUCCUGAGGGCUGGGCCUGCAGCUGGACAUACAGUCAUGACACACUUUGCAUGUAAGCUUGUUUCCAUGGAAACUGGGGCUUUGGGGGGAAGAGGUUGGGGGACUCUCUGAGGCACUCUGUUGGUCUAGUAGUCGGGGUGUGGUGCUGGGGCCCCUGCCUCAGAUCCCAGUCUCGGCUCCUGUCUGCCCUCCGAGGUUUUCCUCCAUAAAGGCCCCCUGGAGCCUGAGGGGUGUCAGGAUGGUCUUCCCUAAGAGGCUACAGCUGGCAAUUACGGGAGUCCUUGGGGCUCACCUCCUGGAUGAGGCCCUCCUGAGUACCUCAGAAGUCAGAGCCCUGAAUCUGCUGACCCACCCCAUCUUGUCAACCCUGCCAGGGCUACCAACCCCUCACCCCAGGGUCCCUGCCAGUUCAGCCCCCUGGCACUGUCCAAGGCUAAAGUAAGGGGAUUCACAUUGCUGGAUAGUGCCAUGGAGGUAAACACAAAAAAAAAUUUAUUAGGGUAGUUGAGGGAGGAAAUCUUGUAGAACAGAAGAGAGUUUUGUGGACUCUGUGUCCCCAAAUGGGAGACAGAACUGCUGCCCAGAGUGGACCCCAGGACAGGGCCCCUGUGCAAAAGGGGGAGUUGGCAGGGGCUCUGUUCUGCCCUUCUAGAGGCAUCCAGGCCUGCAGGCUGGGGUGUUCCCAGAGCAUCACCCCUGAACACAGAAGGCCCAGGUGGGGUCAGGACAGGCAAGAGGCAGAGGUGGAUGGGCCAAGUCUGUGGUCCAUCAGGCUGGCUGGCAGCUCCAGGACUUUAAGGCAUCUGUUCAUGUGCUUGGGGUGGGGUGGAGGGGUGCAGUAGCCUGCAAUGACCUGAGACCCCCACCCCAGCCCAACCCACAGAGGCCUGGGCUCCCCAGAGGAGUGGCUUAAAGUGCUUGGAAGGGAUAGGGAGGCUGGGAUGAACGUCAUGCUGGUUCCCAGUAGCUCUGGGGCCACCCCCAGUGGGGCACUGGACCCCUGCAGCAGAUGGGGGGACUUCCUGAGGUCACCUGGACACGGGGUCAUGGGCCCUGGCAGACUGAUCAGUCAAGAUGUGGCUGGUUGAUAGGGAACAGACAGGGAUCCUGGGCCACAUCCAGCCCCACUCUAAGCUCUACAGCAGCCUGGUCUUCGGCAUCCCCAGCAGGUUGUUCAUAGCCCUAGAGCCACCUACUGGUGUCCUGCUAGGGACCCGAGAGGCUGGGGAAAAGGCUGGAUGCAGCAGAGUGUAGCCGGCAAAUGGUCCCACGGGGGGGCGCCCCAGCGGCCACGCUCCAGGGGGCCCGCAGCGGCGGGUGAUCCUCGGGAAGGCCAAGGUGGCAGAGGUGCAGGCCAGGAGUCCCCCUAGGCGGACCACGCCACCCCCAUCCACGACUACAGGUGCCAAUUCGCCCCCUGUGGGCCGAUGUCCAUGAGAGAGAAGCAGAAAGGUGGAGGUCAGCUGGGGUACAGCUAUGGGGCCCUAGGCUCUGGACACCUCCCCUCGGGGUCCCUGGAAAUCCCUCCCCAAGAUCCUGGACCUAGCCCAGCCCUCUCCAGCCCUGCUCUGAGCCCUAGCUCAGAAAAAUGUGGCUUCCUGGCACUCUGUCAUCCCUCCCUUGGCAUGUAGCACGGAAGAGUGAUUUCUAGAAAGUACAGUAACUUCUGUAGGGCUCUCAGCCAGGUGUUGGCCCCAGGUGCACCCUCCAGUGCACCUGCCUCGGAGUCCCAGGAGGCAGCUGUGGUCCUAGCCUGUCACCACAAACCCUGCUGUCCAACACGACACCGACUCACCAGCCGCAGGCCCCUUACCAACUGGCCUGACUGGGCACAUCACCAGAAAUGUCCAAGAGGAAUGUGCCAUCCUGUGCCAGCUGGCCAACCCCUUUCCUGACACCCUCCCCUGCAUCCACAGCCGUAGCCUUUGCCCAAGGAAAGGAUCAAAAUGAUUUUUCCUUUUUUUUAAUAAAAUUAUAGAUAUAUAGAUGUAAAUAUAAAAACGUAAAACAGA